CACUUAUUCAGUUAUUCUCUACAAGCUAGCAUAAAUAUCUAUCAGGUUUCUACAGCAUACCAUUCUACAGUCACCAGAUAUGGGGAGUGCCCAACCUGGAGAUGUCCCCCUUUAUGACCGAAACAAAGAGUUGAAGGCCUUUGAUGAAACAAAAACUGGUGUCAAAGGAAUAGUUGAUUCGGGAUUUGAAAAGAUUCCUCGAAUGUUUGUCCGGACACAAGAUGAGUUCACUGAAGACUUGACAUGUACAGAGGCCAGAGGGGAUCGGUUCCAGAUUCCAGUUAUUGACCUCCAUGACAUUGAAUGUCGACGUAACGAGAUAAUCGAUGACAUUAGACUUGCAUCAAUGACUUGGGGAUUCUUUCAAUUGGUGAAUCAUGGAAUACCUAUAAGGGUGACCAAUGAAAUGAUCCAAGGCAUUCGUAGAUUCCAUGAGGGGGAUAUAGAAGUCAAGAAACAGUUAUACGUGAGAGACCUCAGCCAAAAAGUACAGUACGAUAGCAACUUUGAUCUUUAUCGAUCAAGAUCUGCUAACUGGAAGGAUACCUUACGAUGUCGUUUGUUAAGUCCAGAUCCUAUAGAUCCCCAACUAUUGCCAGAUACUUGCCGAGAUAUAAUAGUCGAGUAUUGGAAGCAUAUUAUGAAUCUAGGAAAUACUCUCGCUGAGUUAUUAUCAGAGGCUCUAGGUCUAAGCAAGUACCACCUUAAAGGAAUGGAUUGUACUCGAUACUUGAAUCUUGCGGGUCACUACUCUCCAGCAUGCCCCGAGCCUGAACUGACCUUGGCUACAGCAAAGCAUUCAGACCAAAGUUUCUUCACCAUUCUUCUCCAGGAUCAUAUUGCUGGACUACAGGUUCUUCAUCAGAAUCACUGGGUCAAUGUCAAACCCAUCCAUGGAGCCUUACCCAUAAACCUUGGCGACCUAAUGCAGCUCUUAAGCAAUGACAAGUUUAAAAGCGCGAAGCAUAGAGUAGUUGCAAACCAUGUAGGACCAAGAGUAUCAGUAGCGUGCUUUUACAGAGCAAGUUUGGACAAGCCUACACCGUUGUAUCCAAUAAGGGAACUAAUAUCUGAAAGUAAUCCCCCCGUAUACCAAGAUACAACAUUUAAAGAGUUUGUCAAGUAUUCCCAUUCUAGACGGCCCGAUAGCGUUUCCUCCCUAGAGCACUUUAAGUUGGGAGCACUAUGUUGAUGAGAAUGUAUGUGCUUUUCUUCCA